UAAGAAUAAUGAAUGCAAUAUAGGGAAAUUUCAGAGCUUCGUUUUGUCACGUAGUGCUAGAAUGUUUAGUAUGUUUACUAACGGUUGUGUAGUAUAACCUAUAUAGAUAUUUGUUUACAUCCUUCAUCAGCCACAAGCCAGUGGAAGACAGGCAUACUUAAUCAUGUUUUACCACAUUUCGUUAGAACAUGAAAUUUUGUUACAUCCUCGAUACUUCGGUCCUCAAUUACUCGAUACUGUAAAGCAAAAACUCUAUACAGAGGUGGAAGGCACUUGUACAGGAAAAUAUGGCUUUGUCGUAGCCGUCACAACAAUUGAUAAUAUUGGAGCUGGUAUUAUACAACCAGGACAAGGUUUUGUAGUAUAUCCAGUCAAGUAUAAAGCAAUAGUAUUCAGGCCAUUCAAAGGUGAAGUGCUAGACGCAAUCGUAACUCAAGUGAAUAAGGUUGGAAUGUUUGCUGAAAUAGGUCCACUUUCAUGCUUUAUAUCUCAUCACUCAAUACCAGAGGAUAUGCAGUUCUGUCCAAAUGUGAAUCCAGCCUGUUACAAAUCAAAAGAAGAAGACGUAGUUAUUCAGGCAGAUGACGAAAUUAGAUUGAAAAUUGUAGGUACAAGAGUUGAUGCCACAGGAAUUUUUGCUAUUGGCACGUUAAUGGAUGAUUACUUAGGUCUUGUAUGCAAUUAGCAUGGCUACAAUCCGUGUCUCGUUUAAAAAUAUUUAUUAAGAUUAUUUGAAUAGAUUUUAUAAAAUAGAAAAUAUAGAACUUUUAAUUACCUUCAAACAUACAUAGGCAAAGAA